GGGAGGUAUAGAGUUUUCGGGAGUGCAUAUAAUCAACAUAUGAUCGAAGGUGCUUAGAUAUUGAUCCUGUAUUUCGAGGUAGUUCAAAUUCGCCUCUACUGGACCUUCGGGUUUGACCUUUUAUUUUUCCGUGCUUGGUGGAGAAUAAUUUACGCGCAAAAUGCCGAAGAGAAAGUCUCCAGAGGGUCCUGAGGGCAAGGAGGCCUCCAAAGUCACAAAGCAAGAGCCCACCAGAAGGUCAGAGAGAUUGCUAGCGAAACCUGCUCCAGCCAAGCCUGAGGCCAAGCCCAAGAAGGCCAUCGUCAAGAAGGUGGCAGACGAUAAGGGGGCAAGGGCAAAGAAAGGCGGAGCUAAGGGUAAGAGGGAUGACGGACCUGCCCAGAAUGGAGAUACCAAGACUAAUGAGAUCUACGUGUCUCGUCCGUCUGUCAGUGUGUCUUCCAUCAGAUGCACGGCUCCCUCCUUGAUGUCAGUGAGAGGGCAGAGUGAGACAGUCAGAGUUAAGGACAGCCGGCUCCACCAGAGGAGGCAGAGGAAAUAAGAGGAGAUGAUACCAGCAUAUACUAAAGGAGUUAUGCGUUUCAGUAACUGAAGCAGCGGAGGAGGCGACUGAGGAGAAGGCGUAAAGACACGGGCGCGUCCACCAACUCGUCCCCUCUGACACCAUGGCAGCAAAGCAUCUUUUUUUACUGACAAUUUUUGUACCAUGCUGAUUUUUUUUUAGACUUGUGAUAGUAGAGACGGACAACCAGCAGCCCCAUCCCAUAAUGUUCUCACUCCUUUCAGCUCCCCUACCUAACAGUAUGUGUUUGCUCGAUUCUCCUCCCUCCUCCAAUCUGAGAAACUAAAAGACGGAAUGAAGUGUUUUUUAUCAGACAGCUGCAGAUGUUCUUGCCUAUAGUUGAAGUCAUUAUUAUUAUUGCCACUCUGAUUAUCCCCCCCCCCCUUCCAUAUCACUAUGGUAGAGGUGAGGAUUGGUGGAUCAGCAGUUUAGAUGCAGAGCUACAAGUAACCAGGUUCAUAGUCGCCAUGGAGAACAUCUGCAGCUUUUCUUUUUUUAAAGUUAGUUUCUUAAAUCACCACCAAUAUGUUUCACAUAGCUCCUUUUGUAUGUGUGUGUUGCAGUGAAUGUGUUUGUGGGUCUCUGUUUGAUUUUAUUUCCCCCCCUUUCUUUUUCGUUCCCCCCCUCCCUCCCCCCCUGAUCGCCUUGUCCUGCAGCAGAGUGACAUAGCAAUAAUGAGUGGUGCUUCUGUUCUAGACGGCUCUAUUGGCUUUGGACCCUCUGGGCUCUUCUGAUUUUCAUCCUGUUGGGAAACUAUUUUGAAAUAAAAGAAAAAGUUGAUGUCA